AUCUCGAACUACUACUCGAACGCGCGCCAUCUUGGCAGUCGUCGUUUGGACGUUGAGUGAGUUGGAGUGUUUUUAUGUUGCGCCUCAUUAGAAAACCUGUCGUUUAAAGUGCUGUUUUCACACGUUUCACUGUUCCCGCUGAUAAACCAAUGGUCACACAGUAUCAAGAUGGCGAGGAAGUAUAUUAGAAAAACUGAAAAAGCUAAGUGGACAGCAGAAGACCUUAAAAAAGCUAAACAGGCUGUUGAUAAUGGCUUAUCAAUGAGAAAGGCCGCGGAAAAUUUUGGAAUACCCUUUAGCACAUUACAAGUCCGAUUAAAGAGCGGUACUGAUUCUGACCCACGCUUAGGCAGGAAAUGUGACUUUCCUC